AUGUUUUGGAAAGUCGCGGGGUUCUCCCAGCCGUCGCCUAUCGAGGCUAUCUUGGACAGGGAGGACUUCUCGUUGGAGGAGCUCCUCGACGAAGAUGACCUGAUACAAGAGUGCAAAUCGCUGAAUGGAAGGCUGAUAAAUUUCUUGGGGCAGAGGGAGAAUGUGAAGAAAUUGAUCACAUACUUGGUGGAGACUCCCGACCAAGCGGAAGAUGUCAAGCGCAAGAACAAAUAUCCUUAUGCAGCAUGCGAAGUAUUCUGCUGUGAAGUGGAUCCCAUAUUCACCACGUUGUUGGAGGACGAUGAGCUGAUGAAGACAUUCUUCACUAUCAUUGAGGACAGCCAGUCCCUCAAUUGCACCCUUGUUGGUUACUUUGGCCGUGUCUUGACACAUCUCAUGAUCCGAAAAUCUGUGCUGAUGUUCAAGUACUUGGAGAACCACCCAGCUGUUCUUGAUGCCAUGCUGGAGCAUCUGAGCAACACGUCGGUCACCGAAAUUGUCUUGCGACUGGUUGGGGGUGACGAACAGAUGAACACGAUGGUUCCACCAGCUUACCUGCAAUGGCUUGCUCAGACACCGUUGGUGGAACAACUGGUUGGCAAGCUUGGUUCGAAGCAUGAUGCCGACACACAGCGCAACGUUGCGCAAGUCCUGGGCGCUGUCAUUCGGUCACCCACAUCGCCCAUUGCACGGAAGCUCUCGCAGCCGGAGAGUCUGGACUGCUUGAUCGAAACGAUUUUCAGCCAACCACAGAGGAUCUCAGUGUCAGCUUUGACCGUGUGCAUCGCAAUGCUCGACCCCCAGAGGCAGCAUUCCGAUGGGGACUUUCUGAUGUCCAGGUCUGAGGAUGACAAGCCGGCGUUCCUCCCUGCCAUUGAGAAGAUUAUGGGCAUUGUUGGGAGACUUGUGGAGGCUCUUGAUGACCCAGAGAGCAAGAGCACCCAGGACACCCCCUACGGCGUUCUGAACCCUCCUGUCGGUUUCUUACGGCUGAAAGUCACUGAGCUGCUGGCUGUGCUCAUGGCUUCCUGCUGGGAGCCUGCACAGCAGUGCGUGGUGGAGGCAGGAGCCUUUGAGAAGUGCUUUGAGCUGUUCCUCAAGUACCCCUUCAACAACGCUUUGCACCAGAACGUUCUGAACUUGGCUGGCUACAUCGGCCACCUCACAAUCAUGGCGAAUCACAUCCUUGAGAUCAGCAGGAAGGCUGAUCCUAUUCGUGGUCUGCUGUCGUUGCAAGCAGGCUGGCAAACAUAUCAGUCCGAGACACUGAGCGAAAGGAAUGACCGGGAAGAUGUGACAAAAUGGGGAUGUGGGCGGCCCACCAUUGGAACACAGGUUCCCAGUGAAGAAGGAGAUCGGGACCCCAUGGCGAUGGCAUUGGAAGAUGGGUAUCCGUAUGGUUUGCAUCAGGACGACCCAGAUAUUGGGAAUGAGCCAGGAAUUGGGCUGACAAACGUUUUGGCCGAGAGUGAGAUUCCACCAGAAGAUACUCUUAUUGCCAGAUGGGAAUUGGCUGACAAAGUGAAGAGUUGGGAAGAGCUUGUUCCAAGCAGCAGCAGCAGCAGCAGUGAGAGUAGCGGCAACAGCAGUGGUGACAGUAGUAGCGAUGAAGAGGAGGAUGGCAAGGACCGGAUGCAACCAACUGGGGCAGAGGAAUCUGGGGGCUCACACAGAAUCUCAGGUCCUGCUUUCGUCUCCAGUGGUUUGGGUGACAGCGACGAGGUGCGCUAUGAUUCAAGCGACGACGAAGGAGAGGCCCAUCAUGACGACAGGGCCGUAUCUUCGGAAGACUGUGUGAAGGCUGGAAUCGCAGAAGAAGGGAGCACAGAGACGGGGAACAGCCAAGAAGCGUGCCCUGCAAUGGCUGAACAGGAGCCCAACGGCGAAAAACCAGUCAGUUGCGGAGUUGUGGGUGAUGCAGACUCUGGCCUCUCUGAAUUCUCGUCCUUCAACUACUGGAAGAUGGAUCUCAGUCUCAGCGAGAUCCCAGAUGUCCUGUAG